ACGCGCGUUUCUCGUUUUCGGUUAUCAUCUGAGUUUUCCUGUCUGUAUUCUGCCCUUCGACCGACCGACCCACCGACAAACCCUCCGACCGGCCACGGACUGACUGAUAAGAUUUGCGGACCGAUUUCCGACUUUGCUACCGGGCAGAAUGUCCAACGCAAGGAAUCGCCGACACAGAAGAGACCGCACGGACGCGCAGUACGCAGCGGCAAUGAUGAGGCGACAGCGUGUGCUGCGGGACCGCCUGGACCCCUUUGAGGAUUUCGACGAGGAUGGGCUGCAGCAACGGUUCCGAUUUGGAAGAGCGGGCAUAAUGUUUCUCGCCGACACACUGCGUCCGGACUUGGAGCGCCGUGCUCGUCGUAGCCGCGCCCUCUCUGCAGAGCAGCAAGUGAUCAUCGCCUUGCAGUUCUACGCAACUGGGAACUUUCUGAUCACUGCAGGCGACUACAUUCGCGUGCAUGUGUCAAGUGCUUCACGGGCUGUGAGGCAAGUCACCAUAGCGCUGGCUCGUCGAGCACAAGACUUCAUACGAUGGCCUGACGCUGCGGAGGGGGCAGCCUUGCAGCACAAGUUCUACGACAUGGCCGGCUUUCCUUUGGUCGUGGGUGCUGUUGACGGUACCCAUGUCCGGAUCCAGGCACCCCAUGUGCACGAGGAGGCGUACGUCAACCGCCAUGGAUACCAUUCCAUCAACGUACAGGUGGUCGUUCACGCCUCUUCUCGGAUUCGCAACGUGGUUGCAAGGUGGCCUGGAAGCACCCACGACUCUCGGAUCUUCACGGAGAGCACCUUGGCAGUCAAGCUGGCCAGUGGAGAGUACGACGGCCUGCUGCUUGGUGACAGCGGCUACUCCUGUCAACCAUGGCUGAUGACGCCAUUCCUGUCGUCGUCAUCAGCAGCCGAGGUCGCAUACAAUACGGCACACACGACGACAAGAAGCAUCGUUGAAUGGUAA